AGCAGAGCGUGCCUCGCGCGCACUUCUCCUCCCCCCUGCAUCACGGUCCGCUCGCACCAUCCACCACACACUCACGCAAUGCUCCCGUGAAUAAGCCGACUUGUUGGAAUUGCUUCUUGAGGAUCUUCCGGAGCUCUGCCUGCAACAUCAGCGGGAUCACAGAAAAGUGAAGCCGCUCAAAGAGAAUAACCAACAGCAGACAGCAGGCACGUGGAUUACCGAUCACAGCCCCUUUACUUUAUUACAGAUUGUGCUGUGGCAGGACAUUCCCUGGCUAGGGCACAAGCUGCCAUGCCAUUUGGUUGUCUGACACUCGGAGAAAACAAGGAUUACAACAGUCCCUCAGAGGUGACUGAAAAAUAUGACCUCGGACAAAUUGUUAAAUCAGAGGAGUUUUGUGAGAUAUUUCGGGCGAAGGAUAGAACCACCUUGAAAAUGUACACGUGUAAAAAGUUUCACAAAAAAGACGGACGUAAAGUGCGGAAAGCUGCCAAGAAUGAGAUAAUGAUUUUAAAGAUGGUAAAACAUCACAACAUCCUUCUGCUGGUAGAUGCAUUCGAAACAAAGAAAGAGUACUUCAUUUUCCUGGAGCUAGCCACAGGACGAGAGGUGUUCGACUGGAUCUUGGAUCAGGGUUACUACUCAGAGAGGGACACCAGCAAUGUUAUGCGACAGGUGUUGGAGGCUGUGGCUUACCUGCACUCCCUGAGAAUCGUCCACAGGAACCUCAAGCUGGAAAACUUGGUAUACUUUAAUCGUUUGAAGCACUCCAAAAUUGUUAUCAGCGACUUUCAGCUGGCAAAACUGGAGAAUGGACUCAUUAAAGACCCUUGUGGAACUCCGGAGUAUCUCGCUCCGGAAGUGGUUGGGAGGCAAAGAUAUGGAAGACCUGUGGACUGCUGGGCCAUAGGCGUCAUCAUGUAUAUACUUUUGUCUGGAAACCCUCCUUUCUAUGAUGAUGCAGAAGAUGACUCUGAUAAUCGGGAUAAAAACCUUUUCCUGAAGAUUUUGUCAGGAGAAUAUGAAUUUGAUUCCCCAUACUGGGAUGAUAUUUCAGACUCUGCCAAAACAUUGGUGGCAUCUUUGAUGGACGUGGACCAAGAUCAGCGAUUGACUGCUCAGGAAGCCAUAGCCCAUGAAUGGAUUUCUGGAAAUGCUGCCUCAGAUAAGAACAUCAAAGACGGUGUUUGUGCACAGAUUGAGAAGAACUUUGUCAAAGCAAAGUGGAAGAAAGCCGUAAGAGUGACUACCCUCAUGAAGAGACUUCGAGCCCCUCAGCAGGGGGACUCCGGGGCUGCUGACCUUGCAGGUGCUACGGCUGACCCGAACACAUCCGGCGGUGCUCCUGCUCCGCCUGCAGGCAGUGGGAACAGCCUUGCUGUUAGCCUGAGAGCUGCUCUCAAAGAAAAGGCUCCGGGCACACAGACUGCAACCAUCUCUGCGCCCCCUCUGUCCGAUGCAGCCCGGCAGGACGAGCAACAGCAGGCGCGCUGCAACGGAGAUGCUCCCCAGAUGUUGCCGCAACGAAAAGCAGAGUAGGUCCCCAUCAAGUAGAAAAGAAAAAAAAAGAAAGAAACAGACCAUUGCUGGCCAACAAGUACAUGUACCGCCAAUAAAUUUGGCAUCAUAAUUUUGUGUUUGUGUUGUUUGACUACCCCCAGUUUGAGAAAUUGUACCAUAACACCAUUAUCUUUUGUCCCUUGUGCCACUUGAUUGAUAGUGAAAACCACUCCCCUUUCUUCCUGUUCUUUUGUGUACAGUUCCCUUUAAAGAUUGUUGCAAAGUAGCUCAUAUGUUGUUUGCCCUUUCCCUUGAAAACUGUAUAAAUUCAUCAAGUAAUAUGUCACUCAUAGAGUAAUCUAGUGAAAUGAAGUAAUUUAUAUUCAUUUAGUCAUUGCACAUAGAUGUAUUCACCUCAGCAAAUUGCUAGUUUUUAGCAGUAGAAUUUACAAGUAUAAGUUUAUAUCUUGUGAUGUAAAAUUAUGAGUUGAAAGAUUUGGUUAUUUCAUUACUUUACAGUUAAGUUUAAAGGACAAUGAUAGAAAUGUAUACUCUUCCCAGCAUAUUGGAGUUCAAUCUUCUACUGUCCUUACAUUACAUCAAAGGACAGUUGAAAAGUUGAUGCAUGCAAAAUUUUAAUUGGAAGAUACGUGAUGGACUGUUCAAAAAGAAACCAAUUGAGGAUAAGUAUUCACAGUGACGAUUCAGAAUCGUAAGCAACACAGGCCACGACACUGUCCAUGAGAAGUUUUCCGUCCUUUCUUUGAGAAUGACUUUUCUAAUCUGCAGGUUUAGUGCUAUAAUUUAAGAUGGCAAGACAGCACAUAUUUAAGUUAAAGUGCCUUAAUAUUUGUUUGCAGUCAUGAUUCUAGACGUGAUCAUAAAAGUUUAUUGAAAUCACUGAAAUGUUUUAGCUGUUUCAUUGCUCUUCUGUUAGGGUCUUCAGUUGGUGUAGCGAUUUUUUGUAGUUGUGGCCUCUUUCACAGUUAUUUAAAAACACAGGAAACUAGAUGUAGGGCAUUCAAUGGUGUGAUGUUUUAGUCGUUGCUGUGUUGUAACUUGUAAUUAAAAUUUAACAGUUUAAUGCAGAGUCCUUAUACCAUACAAAUAUGUAUAGUUGCAUUACAUAUGUAUAUGUGUGUAUUUUUUAAAUCAUUUAUGUAUUUAGCAUCACUUAGCUGAGCUAAUUGGAUGCUAUAAUGCUUGUGAAUGAAUAAAAUGACUGAUACAUAUAUUGUAGCAACUGUUAUUUUUCCCUUGUCCAAAGGUAAAUCUUUGUAUUAAUAGUAUAUUUCAGCCACUGUACUCACUAAUUGUUGAUUUAGCCUGCAUGCAAAAUUGUGGCAGAUUAGACUUUGGAAUAUG